AUUUAAUCGGUUUAAAAUUCACUUCUUCUCCUUCUAAACUUCAUUCUCUGCUCUUUUGAUUCACUUGCUUUCUUUUCUCUACUCUUGCUGAAGGAAACACCAUGGAUCGUGAUCAAGAACGAAAGAGGGUUUCUUCAAGACAUGCUGCACGUGGUUUUGCUAUUAUCAACGAAAGGAUUCCAGCCCCUGCUUGGACCGGUCAUGCCAGUUUCGUGCGAGAAGAUAGCCCCGAUCGUGUAGAAAGAGAAAUGGUGCCGAAUCAAGCUGGUGAUGAACCUACUCGACGUCACGUCGAGCAGGGACGUCGAGGAGGCUCCUCGAGCUCAAGAAAUGAUGAUGCUGAACGUUUGGCCAGAAGGAGAAGAGAGAUAAGCCGCGGGAAGAGGGUUGUGGAAGCGGAUUUUGAACCCACCCCAGAAGAAGAGACUGUUGAAAUGGAGGAAGAAGAAGCUGUUGAAAUGGAGGAAGAGAUCAAACCUGCUAAGCCAGCCAAAAGGGAUAGAAAGAAGAGGAAACCUCCUACUCCUGAGGAGUACUAUAGCUAUCUCAAAACACUGGAGUUCGAAGGCACAAGACAUCCUCAUCGGGAAACGAUGGCUGCUUUGGGAAUUGCUGAAGAUAUAGACUACCUUGCUGAGACGUGCGGUUUAAAAACCUUCCUGGGGUAUAGUUUUGAGGGAUAUCAAGAGGAGACCUACCAGCUCCUAGCCACUCUUGACAGACCACUCACUAACGAUCAGAGAGCUCAAUCUCUUGUAUGGAUUCCCGAGCAAAGAGGAUUGGUGCAAAAUUUCGAUAAGCGCGAACUCCAAGCAUUCUGGAAGACGAUCGCCGGACCAGGAGAUUACAUACCUUCGAAAAGCAAGAGUUCCUCUAUUAGAAGCCCAGUGGUGAGGCAUCUACACCAGUCCAUUGCUAGCAUGUUCUUUGCAAAGAAGAUCACCGGUACCAUGAGUGAAGGUGAACUGCAGCUUCUGGACUUAGCCCUCCUAUUCACCUUAAGAAACACUAGAGAUGGAGCAGAAAUGGUGGGAGAUAGAGGAAAUGCUCCUCUAAUAGCCGUGUUCUUGGAUCAUUUAUUGGGAUACAAGGAGUAUGCUGCAACAAUGCAUAGGUCAGGGCGCAAAGGAAGCUUGACCAUUGGCGGAAUUCUGACACCAAUUCUGGUAGCUGCGAAUAUAGACGUGGGAACAGGAGACUCUUCCCCAACUUGGAUCGAUAUGGCGUACCUAAGGAAGAAGGGCUACCUUGAUAAAACAGCUCCUGAAGGGCUGGUGAGAACAUCGACUUUCUGCCCACCAUCCUUCAUUCUCUACGAUUCACAAGUCGCCCCUGCCUCUCCACCGCCUCAAGCAAUGCACGAGGACGACCAGGAGCAAACCCAAGACGCUCCUGAUGAUUAUGCACCAGAGCGGUUCUUCUUCGAGGAAUACAAAGCUCCUAGGCAGACCAAAGGCGAGAGAGAAGCUCACAAGCGCAUAGGACUCCUGCAAGGAUUGGGAAAGUUUCAAGGGAAGGCAAUGCGAGGAUUGUCCAAGAAGGUAGACUCAUUGACCACCAUGGUGAAGAAGAUGGCGCUUCAGAUCACAGACCUCCAGAAGAAGUCCAAGCAUUCUCCAUCAUCAUCAGAAGAGAGAGGUACUUUGAGAAGAAGCGGUUCCUCAAGCAUGGCUCCACGACACGCGGUAAGGGCUGAUCCUCCAAGAUAUUCAUCCUUUGAACCACGCCAGAGGGAAAGCCAAGAGGAGUCUACACCACUCCCCAAACGUUCGCAAAGCCAUCGCAGGCAAGCGGAAGGUUCAGAAGCCAAGUCCAGAGGCAGACUCGACCAUGGAGCUCGAUGACACGUCGAGUACAGCACGUCGA